UUUGUUUUGCUUUUUCUCUCUUUUGUUCCCAAUUGUUCCGAUUUGUUCUCAUUUGUUCUCGUUUUACAUGCAAUCUUUAUGCCAACUGAAUUUAGCCCCAUAUUGAGGGAAUUUCUGGAAAUACUUUUAGAUUUGCAAAAUUCUGUCUUUGUUAGUUUUUUAUUUACAGUCGAAUUGAGAUAUUCGAUAGCAAAGUUACGAUUUCUCAUUUGAGUUACUUCAUUGAUAUUUUUUGGUAUAUUUAGUUUUUUAUCUUGAGUAAAAGAUUUGUAACUAUUUUUAAAUUGCUGGAGUUCAGAUGGUUGUCUUGUUUUUAAUGGUGUAUAAUAUUCUGCUACAAUUUUGUUUUCUCUAGUACUGGUCAUUUUUUAAUUUAUUGUAGAAAUUUUUGUAUUACUCGUUAGAUACUGAACGUUGUAUUUUCCAACAUAGUAGUGAAUAUUUCUGUAAUUUAAAAAAAUGUUGAUAUAGAAAAAAAGAAUUAUUGUGCAGUUUAUUUCAUACUACUCGGAUUAUAAUAAACAAAUAUAUGGUUUAUUGUGUAAAUUAAUAUAAAACCUUAUUGUUGCAAGCAAUGUAAGAAAUAGCAAUUAAACAAAUCGUAAUUCAAACAGGUAUUUAAAUGUGAAAAAAAAGUACUUUUUGCACAAUUUAUAAGUUCAUCGAGGUUUAAAAAUUAAAAUUUACAAGCAAAUCUGAAAAAAAUUCUUAAUUUGAUUAUUAAUUUAAUCUUGUUGAAUUAAAAAAUUAGCAAUAAUAACACUGGUGAUGGAAGUUUUACUUCAUAGUUAGUAUCAACCAGUUUGUUUCUAGUGGUCUGCGCGAUGUCUUUCCAUCUGUGCAAUUUAAUUGGCGAGUAAAAGAUUGAUACGCAAUGACCUUGCUUGUUCCUUUUUGUUUCAUUAUCUUUUAGGGUGUGGGGAACUUCAGAGGACGAGUAAAAAAUUCCACUUUACAAUAAUACAGUUGUUUAUUUCAGAACAAAAUACAACACUUUAAUAGGCUGCUGUUGAGGUUUUUCUAUACUUUUCUUUUGUGUACUGCUCUCAUUGACAAAAGACUUAAUUAUUUAUAUGCUUAUUUGUAUUACAGAUUGUAGCCGAACCAAAGUGAAAAUGAACGAGAGUUCUUCUCUAAAUGAUUCUAAGGUGAGGGAUUCAGAAAAGUCGCUGUGCGAACUGGCAAGUCAUAAAUUCGCCACAAUCAAAGAGACAAUUACCUUUGUGGACAAGACCUUGUUUAUCAAAUGUCUCUUAAGUGAUACUAGUAAAAUAGUACUACUAACGGCGCCUAGAGCUUUUGGAAAAACUACCCUCAUGGAUAUGUUGAAGCAGUUUCUACUGGGAAAAAGAAGUUUAUUUGAGAACCUAAAGAUUUGUACUGAAGAAACACAAUUUUUUUCAAAGCACUGCAAACUUCAUCCUGUGAUACAUAUUGAUCUCGGGAGUGUUCGUGGUAGCAGUUUUACUGAAGUUAAGCACAAAUUGGCGUUGGCUAUAAAUAGAACAUUCCAAGAACAUAAAUACCUGGUGAAGAAGACUGAUGAUGGUAGAAUAGUCUGGACAAGUGAAAAGUUAAGCAUUUCGCACAUUGACGUUGAAGACUUCGAAAAUUUCUACGUUAAAAAAAAGUGUGUCACAUUAAGUGAAGCUGAUUUGAUAGAUAGCUUAAGAUUUUUAUCGAAAGUUUUACAUACACAUUAUGAGGAAAAUGUUUUCGUACUCAUCGAUGAGUACGAUGCUCCUGCGGUAGGCCUGGUAUUCGAGACUUGUUCAAAUAAAGAUGACAUUGGAUUAAUUAAUGAUUGUCUAAAACGUUUCAUGGCUAAUACGCUAAAAUUCAAUGAUUUCAUAAAACGCUCAUUAAUUUUUGCUUGUGUUCGGUUGGCCGGAGCCUUCUCAGGGGAUGCAGCAAGAGUUAUAGAACAUUAUCCGUUCCUAAGUGAUCUUCGAUACGCACCGUACUUAGGAUUUACGGAUGAGGAGGUAAAGCAGCUACUUGAGCUUCCAGAAGUUAAAGCUGCUUGUGGGAAAGUAACAUUCAAAAUAAUUAGGAAAUGGUAUGAUGGAUAUAUGGUAUCUAAUAGCCCAUUGAAAAUAUUCAGUAGCUGGUCAGUGUUGAACCUUUUGGAAAGGGUUUAUACAACCGGUACGCUCAAAUAUUCCUCUUUCUGGAUUGAUACAGGUCAUGUAAAAAAUCUAGGGAAGCUGUUUGCGGAACCUUCAGUUCGAGAAAAAAUUGAGGAACUUAUUUCUAAUGGUGAAGUUAAGAUAAGAACAGUUAAAUCGGUGAAUGUCGAUCAUCUAACGAGUCUAAAGGAACUUAUUUGUUUAGAGUUUGAUGAAAUAUCGAAGGAAAUUGUGGAGUUAUUUUUGCAAUUCUUGGCUGAUUCUGGUUACUUUAAUAUAUUGUCAAUUGAUAAGAAAACAGAUGAAAUUGAAACAAACACUGAAGAUUUUGAAAAUGACUCGAAAUGUUGUAUUUUAAAAAUACCUAAUUUUGAAAUUAAGCAGCAUAUCCGCAACGUUUGUUAUAGUGAAGCACUGGCAACUGCAUUUGAAUUCAACUUGAAAGCUACAUCUAUUAAAAAUUAUGUAAGUGCUCUGAAAUUACUAUUAGAAAGUACAAGUGAGAGGGCAUUUGUUGAUCUUGCAAACGCCGUAUUAGUAUUACUCUCUCAAUCACAGAAGAUUAUGAACGAAAAAGAACUUCAUCACAUCUUGUAUACUCUGGUAUAUAACUCCAGAUACUUCGAAUCACACAGUGAGGUUCAGAUCAAGAAAAAAAGAAAAGGACCAGGGAUAGCCAAUACCCUAGAUAUGGUGAUAAUCAGUAAGAACGUUGGAAUCAUUUUUGAAUACAAAAUGAAUUCCAAGUCUGCAAAUGAAGCUUUACAACAAAUUUUUGAGAAGCAAUAUUACACUAAAUUUGAUGAACCUGACUAUAAACACAUUUCAAAAAAGAUUUACGCUGGUUUGACAUUCGAGACAGAGGAGAAGAAAGUUUUUAUAACAUAUCAAGUUGGAACUGAAGGAAUAAGUAAAUCUGUCUGUAGUGAUACACUAUUAUAAUUUAUUAUGUUAAAAAAAUUAAUACUUAUUUUAUUAUUCUGCUAAUGAUUUGUUUAUAGUGUUAAUAAUAAAAUUCUAUUUAAAUUUCCAAA